CAGUGAUGGCUGACAGCAGGCACAAUCUUCGUUUGCUUGGCACAUUGUCACCAUGCAACUCAACGUGUUUUGCAAGGAAUCAUCGUGACACACCAUCUCUGGGAGAUAGUAUGAGGACAUCCGGUUAUUUCUUGGAAGAAUUUUCUGCCUACCUUCUUUGAGCCCUCUUGUGCCAGCGUAUCUCCCCAUGAGGCUCAGAUCUGUCUGACCUAAGAGCCAGUUGGCAUCGUCCUCCUAACAGAAGCCAGAUUUUCACUGGGGCUAGACUAUUUAUUGACAGUGUUUUCCCAGACUGGCCCAUGAGUGUCUCAUUUCCAAGGUCCCCUGAAGUGCUGGCUCACCUCUGUUUCCCAAAGCACUUGCUUGCUUGUCUCUCCUGCCUCCCCAGCAUCCUUCUCACUUUCUUCCCUUAUAACUUCUUGCACUCUGUGUGUGUGUGUGUGUGUGUAUGCGUGUGUGCAUGUGUUUUUCUUCUUCUUUUUUUAUCCUAAUGAAUUUGUUUUACAGGUUUUGAAAAGGAAAAACCAGUGUUAUCCAGGAUUGUUACAUUAAUUCUUAUCUGUUUCCACGUCUUGGACCGUGAUCUCUGUGGUUUUAAAAUCCUGUAUUUUGAGUGGGUUCCGCUGUUGUUUGAGAAAAGUUGCUUUAAACCUUUGCUCUGCAAGCACCCGAAGAGAACUCAUAAAAAGGAAGACAACAGCAGAUGCAAUCGCGGAUGUGGCUUAGUCCUUGCAGCUGCCCCAGAGUGCUGUUUGGAGUGUACUGUCCUCAGUAAUGAAUCCAGAAGAACAAAUCGUGACAUGGCUUAUAUCUUUGGGAGUUUUAGAUUCCCCUAAAAAGACCAUCUGUGAUCCGGAGGAGUUUUUAAAGUCCUCGCUGAAAAAUGGGGUAGUUCUGUGCAAACUGAUCAACAGACUCAUGCCUGGCUCUGUGGAAAAGUUUUGUCUAGAUCCCCAAACUGAAGCUGACUGCAUCAACAACAUCAAUGACUUUCUGAAAGGAUGUGCAACCCUCCAAGUGGAAGUAUUUGAUCCUGAUGACCUUUAUUCAGGGGUCAAUUUCUCCAAGGUUCUGAGUACUCUCUUAGCUGUCAACAAAGCAACAGAAGAUCAGCUAUCAGAAAGACCAUGUGGACGUUCCUCUUCUCUUAGUACUGCUAAUAAUUCUCAGACAAACCCACAGGGAGCAGUUUCUAGCACAGUUUCAGGGCUGCAAAGGCAGUCAAAGACAGUGGAGAUGACGGAAAAUGGAAGUCAUCAGUUAAUAGUAAAAGCAAGAUUCAACUUUAAGCAGACUAAUGAGGAUGAACUGUCAGUUUGUAAGGGGGACAUCAUUUACGUCACUCGAGUUGAAGAAGGAGGCUGGUGGGAAGGCACAUUAAAUGGGAGAACAGGCUGGUUUCCCAGUAAUUAUGUCCGUGAAAUUAAAUCCAGUGAGAGACCUCUCUCCCCCAAGGCCAUCAAAGGAUUUGAAACUGCUCCACUUACCAAGAAUUAUUAUACUGUGGUGUUACAGAACAUCCUGGACACUGAAAAAGAAUAUGCUAAAGAACUUCAGUCUCUUCUUGUUACUUACUUAAGACCCCUGCAGUCCAAUAACAAUCUGAGUACUGUGGAGGUUACGUCUUUACUGGGAAACUUCGAGGAAGUAUGCACAUUUCAACAGACACUCUGCCAAGCCUUGGAAGAAUGUUCAAAGUUUCCAGAAAACCAGCAAAAAGUAGGAGGUUGUCUACUGAGUCUCAUGCCUCAUUUUAAAUCUAUGUAUCUGGCUUACUGUGCAAACCAUCCUUCAGCUGUAAAUGUACUCACUCAGCACAGUGAUGAGUUGGAACAAUUCAUGGAAAAUCAAGGUGCAUCGAGCCCAGGUAUCCUCAUUUUAACAACAAGCCUCAGCAAACCAUUCAUGCGACUGGAGAAAUAUGUUACUCUCUUGCAAGAGUUGGAACGGCAUAUGGAGGAUACUCAUCCAGAUCACCAGGAUAUUCUGAAAGCAAUCGUAGCAUUCAAAACUCUCAUGGGGCAAUGUCAAGAUCUGAGGAAGAGGAAACAGCUGGAGUUACAGAUACUGUCCGAACCUAUUCAGGCAUGGGAAGGAGAAGAUAUUAAAAACUUGGGAAGUGUGAUUUUUAUGUCACAAGUAAUGGUGCAGUAUGGAGCAUGUGAGGAAAAAGAGGAGCGGUACCUUAUGUUAUUUUCAAAUGUCCUGAUAAUGUUAUCUGCAAGUCCUCGGAUGAGUGGCUUUAUCUAUCAGGGAAAAAUACCAAUAGCUGGAACGGUGGUGACUAGAUUAGAUGAAAUUGAAGGGAAUGACUGCACAUUUGAAAUCACUGGUAACAUGGUGGAGAGAAUUGUGGUCCAUUGCAACAACAACCAGGACUUCCAGGAAUGGUUAGAGCAGCUGAACAGACUGAUCAGAGGACCUGCCUCUUGCAGUUCAUUAUCCAAAACCUCAUCGUCAUCAUGCAGUGCUCAUUCCACAUUUUCCCAGUCUUUUAGCUCUACUGGACAGCCCCGAGGACCCUUGGAGCCUCCUCAAAUUAUAAAACCGUGGAGUUUAAGUUGCCUACGACCUGCACCUCCACUUAGACCAUCAGCAGCACUAGGUUAUAAAGAGAGGAUGUCUUAUAUCUUAAAGGAGUCUAGUAAAAGCCCUAAAACGAUGAAGAAAUUUCUUCAUAAAAGGAAGACUGAGAGAAAACCAUCAGAGGAGGAAUAUGUGAUUAGGAAAAGUACAGCUGCUCUGGAAGAGGAUGCCCAGAUCCUUAAAGUGAUCGAAGCCUACUGCACCAGUGCAAACUUUCAACAAGGCCAUGGCUCAAGUACUCGAAAAGAUUCCAUUCCACAAGUCCUACUCCCUGAGGAAGAGAAACUCAUCAUUGAAGAAACCAGAAGCAACGGCCAGACCAUCAUGGAAGAAAAGAGCCUUGUUGAUACUGUUUACGCCUUGAAGGACGAGGUCAAAGAACUGAAGCAGGAAAAUAAAAGAAUGAAGCAAUGCCUGGAAGAGGAAUUGAAGUCAAGAAGGGACCUAGAAAAGCUGGUGCGGAGGCUUUUGAAGCAAACAGAUGAGUGUAUUCGAGCCGAGUCCAGUAGCAAGACCUCAAUUCUUCCAUAACCAUCACUGUGCCACCGGGUGGAGUGUGCCUUCAGGGCAUCUUGAAAUGUCCCGCUGAAUGAUUUGACUCAGUUUGCUCACUUCUUUGGCUUUUGUUUUGUGUUUGAGUCUCAUUCUCUGUCUCUCUCUCCCUCCCUUCCUCCCUCCCUCUCUUUUCUCUCUCUCUCUCUCCCCCCUCUGUGUGCGUGUGUGUGCGCACGUGUGCGCGCUUGGGCAUUUGCUGUUGUUUGGUUAUUGGUUGGCUGUUCAUUUCUUUUUCAACAGGGGAAAAAGCAGGAGGUGGUGGUAGAAAUGGCCCCAGAGUCUUUUCCAUUCAGUGAGAAAGAGAAAGGGAACACAGGCCAGUUACUUAAAAGGUCUUCAGAUUGCCUUCAGUUCACAGUGCCUCUGCAACAGCCAUUGCCCUCAGGUCACAUUCUUUGGGCUGGCUGCCCUUGCAAAGCAGCUGGCCAAGGCUUAUUAAAUGUGAACCCAACUUUUCCCCCAGUGCUUUCCUGUACCUGCAAGCCUCUUAGUAAUUUACCGAAGGCAGAUAUUCCAGACUAUGGCUAGAGUAGGAUGAAAGACAAACACAUCUGCCCAGUGAUCCAGCUGCCCUUCCUUAGACCAUCACAUGCCUCCCCUCAAUCACAGGUUUUAAAAUUACUGCCCUAUGUUGUCUCUAAGACCAAGAAAACUGUAGUACCCUUAUUCCUUUUAUGUCAUGUAAACUGUAACUCACGGGGGCAGAAGCUCUGGUCACCCACACCAACAUCAAAUCCAUCAGCAAAUUCUACUGGACAAUCCUCCCUUUCAGUAGCAGAGUUGACCGCCUUUUCCCAUUGCAUGAUAGGUUUCUUUCCCUCAUCUUCUGCCUAGUGUGUAAGUUUUCUAUUUCCCCAGUGCUUUUAGCCAGCCGUACCAAGUGGUGUGUAAACUAGUAUGUAUGUGCUUUGCUUACUUUUAAAAAAAUGUAGUUAGACUGUGAGCAGUUACUUUAUGUAUGUUGCAUAUUCAAACUGUGACCUUUUAUCCUUCAAAACAAUCUGCAUUAAGGAGAUAUUGUGCCCUAGUAGACAGCUUUCAUUCACUUUAUUACUCUCUCAUAUAUGCUGUGAGAAGUUGUAAUAUUCAUUGGCCUCUUUGGGUGGGACUCUAAGCAGUAUUUACAGAAAUAUGCUUCUGGUCCAAUUUGUACAUCCAGAACAAAAGGGCCCCUCUAAUAGCUGUGUGCUGGAUUAUUUGGACUGAUUAACUCAAGUUGCUCAUUGAAUCACACCAUCCACUUUAUCCCAGAAACUAGAACUGUGAGAAACCAGGUUUAGAAGAUAGUCACAGAACAGCACACAUCCAAAUUCAGCACCAUUGAAAGUUGGCCUAAGGCUCAGUGCCACUUACCCCUCUCUUGCCCAAAGACAAGAGAAAUUUGGCCAGAUGGGGAAGGUCACUGGAAAGUGAGGCCAAAGGGCUGAUCAAAAUUGCCUUUAUAAUAAAUUUGAUGGAUGCCUAUAAAUGUGGGUUUUGCAAAUGUUUAAAAACCAAACUUGAAGCCAGGCAUGGUGGCCUACACCUGUGGUCCCAGCUACUCAGGAGGCUGAGGUGGGAGGAUCAUUUGAGCCCAGGAGGUCAAGGCUGCAGUGAGCUGUGAUGACACCACUGCACUCCAACCUGGGUAACAGAGAGACACCCCUGUCUCUGAAAAAGCAAAACUUGAAGUUUGAAACCCCCAGCUUGCUGAGGAGCCCUUUUUAUUUUUGGUACUGAGACUCUCAAGGUCCCAUAGCUAUGUGGUACAGGGCUGUUGUCUGCUUGCUGUACAGCAGAAAUUAUACCAUCCACAGGAAAUGAACUAUUCUUGUAGUCCAACAUCAGCCAACCACACACAGCCGUGUUUGGAAGCUGAAGAGUAAAGAAAUUUCUAGGAAUGACUGUUGUUCUGUUUUUUAGCACAGCCAUUUAGAUAUAACAUCCUUCACUUAAAAAUUAAAAACAUCAUCACUACUACCACCACCAAUAACAACAUCAACACAGAUCUUCACAUCUGCCCAUUCUGUGGUUAGUCAAUGGCUUGCAAUAAAUAUGCAAACUGCAUCUGUAGGAAACAUUUUUGUGAUUAUGAAAUACUUUAGUUGAUUGCUGAAAAUAUUGAAAGGUCUUCAUUUUGUAGUGAUGUGUACAUAUGCAUGUUUUGGGGACUUGGCCCUUCUGAUGAGGGGCCCUCGGUACUCUGGGUAACAAAGCUUGUGCAGAGUGGUAACCAUGCUUACACACUAAACAAUAAUAUAAAGGAAAUGAAGCCAUGUUAACCUGAGAGCAGUGUUGCCAUAGUUGUGUUGUUUACAAUACUCUAUAAAUGGGUUCCUGUUGCCCUGUAAUUAAACUGCUGCCCGUAGAGGCCUUUCGGUUCCUUUUCUGUCCUGUCCCUUCUUAACACAAGCUCAAAUUUUCUAACUUGUUUUUAUUUUGAAGACUUUUAAAAUGGACAUUUUCAAUACAUAAAAAUAAACAGUGCUUUAUAACAAUAA